AAAGAAAAAAGAAAAAAAAGGAACAAAGAGCGCAAGCUGGUUAUCUUCCUUCUACUCGCUAUAUAUAUAAAAGCCAAACUCGUGCGUUCGCAUCUAAAUCGAUUCUCUCUCACUGACAAACCCUAGAUCUCUUGCAACAAGCUCCAAACAAACACUCAGACCAUGUCUGGGAUGUACGGACAAGAAGGCGGCGAUUCCGCCCCUCCGAACUACGGAGCUAGCGGCGGCGCCGGAGGGUACGACGGCGGUGGCUAUGGCGGUGCUGGAGGUUACGGUGGUUCAGGAGGCUAUGGUGGUGGAGGUGGAUAUGGAGGAAGUGGUGGUUCUGGUGGUGGCUAUGGAGGAGGCAGUAGCGACGGUGGCUAUGGGGGUCGUGGCGGUCGCGGUGGCGGAGGAGGUCGAGGCGGUGGAGGUGGAGGAUACGGUGGUAGAGGAGGUGGUGGUGGAUACCAAGGAGGAGAUCGUGGUGGUGGCCGAGGCGGUGGCCGAGGUGGAGGUGGAGGUGGAGGUGCAGGUGGGCGUGGUGGGAGCGGCAGAGACGGCGAUUGGCUUUGCCCCAAUCCAGGUUGCGGGAAUUUGAACUUUGCAAGAAGAGUUGAAUGUAACAAAUGUGGUACACCCUCACCUGCGGGUGCGGCUGAUCGUGGUGGUGGUGGCAGCAGCGGUGGUGGUGGUUAUAAUAGAGGCAGCAGUGGUGGUGGUGGAUAUGGUGGUAAUCGAGGUGGAAAUUAUGGAGGGGGUAGGGGUGGUGAGUAUAAUGGUGGUAGAGGUGGUAGUAACGAUGGUAGAGGUGGGGGAGGCAAUAGGGGUGGUUCUUAUGGAAAAGAAGAAGGUGGAUAUGGUCAGGCUCCUCCAGCAGCACCCCAACCUUAUUAUGGAGGGGCUGGUGGGAACCAUCCGCCGCCUCAUAACUCAUAUGGUGAGAACACAAAUUAUGGACUGGAUGCAGUUCCUCCUCCACCUACAAACUUUUCUGGAGGGCCUGCAUCAUAUCCCCCAUCUUAUGGGGGUCCCCCUCCGGGUAGUUAUGGUGGUGAUGGUUUUGGGGAUGGAAGGAGUCGGGGUGGCCCACCCAGUGGAUAUGAUGGUGGGCGUGGUUCUGGUGGUCGAGGUGGAUAUGGUGGUGCUCCUGCUGAGGACCCAGGUAAGGUGAGGCAGUGUGACGAGAAUUGUGAUGAUACUUGUGAUAACUCUAGAAUCUACAUAUCAAAUUUGCCGCCAGAUGUGACUACUGAAGAACUAAGGGAACUCUUUGGAGGCAUUGGACAAGUGGGAAGAAUCAAGCAAAAGAGGGGAUAUAAGGAUCAGUGGCCAUGGAAUAUAAAAUUAUAUACAGAUGAGAUGGGAAACAACAAAGGCGAUGGAGUUUUGUCCUUUGAAGAUCCGUCUGCUGCACAUUCGGCUGGCGGUUUUUUCAAUAAUUAUGAUAUGAGGGGUUAUAAAAUCAAUGUUGCAAUGGCGGCGAUGUCUGCACCAAAGGCGCCGCCUGACCACAGGGGUGGUGGUAGAGGUGGCUAUGGAGGCGGGCGCAGGGAUAAUUAUAGAGAUGGGUCUGGUCCUGACAGACAUCAGCAUGGUGGAAAUCGAUCACGUCCUUACUAAAGGAAUCUCAGCAUAAAGCAUUUUAUGUAACUAAGAAUUAUGGUCUGAGAGAUUUUAUUGUGUUCCCAUCGCGGGAUACUUGAACUGGAGACUAAGAGGUAGGUUGUUCACUUGCUCUGAGCAAGACCUCUUUUCUCCUUUUCCUUUCCAUUCGCCGCUAACUGGAGGGGUUUUUAUUUUUAGACAUGGGAUUUUGAUUUUAAUUGUGUGAAUUUUUUUUAGAGGCAAGUGGAUAAUCUCCAAAUUGCUUGCUGCUAAGGUAGGUUGAUAUUUUCAGGUGAGUGCUGCCUUUUCAAAUUGUGUUUUCAUCCUUGCUUGGAAUUUGAACCAAGUAUCAUAAUGUGGAUUUGCUUGCAUCCGUCGCAUUUAAUGCGACUGUGAUACAAGCAUGUGAAUGCAUGUAAUAUGUCAUUUAUGCCUGUCCUGACUAGGUAAAUAGGGCCCUAUGCUAGCUAGUAUGUUGUGGCUGGAGAGCACUGGAAUAUUAAUUCGUCCUUGGAUGGAGUGAAUUCUCCCACCCUUUCCAAGCUGUUUUUGUGGCUCAUUUUGUAAACUUUGAUCCGGUAUUUUGAAUCCUGGACCUGCCGAGCAAGUUGAACAAGAAGAUUGAUAACUUGCAUUGGGAUAUUAUGAUAAUAUAUUAUUGCUUCCAAGGUUUUCUUUCCAUUUAUAACAACUAUAUUGGCAUUAAACGCUAGUAUUGGAUGGGCUGGGCUAUUUGGAGCCUUGCAUCUUGUCUUGAGAAGAGUUUGCUUUCGUUUGGAAAAUGUGCAGUUUCGCUUCUUUCGUCUACAACUAUUCAAUCCAAAUAUGAGGGUCUGAAUAUACAGUGCUUGGAGCGCGUGACACCCCAUAUUUGAAACCGUUCAGAAUCAGAUUUUGGAGAUGCUGUUGCCGAAGGCAAGCAAUAUCACCGUCACUGCUUAACAGAGUAACUAGUUUACAAGCUGCCCAAAGGAAUGGGUUUACAAGCAGCCUAAAGUCACCAAUCUCUUUUAUCUUCUUGAUGGUUCCACUUCAAGACUUAAAAAAGUGAUUCUUCUUCCAAUUUUUUCUUUGUAAUGAGCCAUCUUUCUUCGGUACUUUCACUACUUUGUCUUGCUGCUAUGAGUAAUAAAUGAAAUGCGAAGGGUAAAUGAAAGGCAGAAUUGGGCUGGCUCCAUAAUUUUUAUCUGAGUUUUCCUGAGUUA